AUGAAGAAACAACAACAGCAGCAGCGGGUCCCUAAUGACGUUCAUGCUCAGGCAUGGCGUCAACCCACGCCGUCGAUGCCGGCGCUGCCACAGCACCAUCUUCCUCCGCAUCAGCAGCAGCAGCAGUUGCAGCCGCAACAACAAUCACAACAACAACAAAGCGCGUUUGCUAACCAACCCGCCUGGUAUCCCAGCCCGAACCACUAUGCCCAGCAGCCCGAAUUGACUCGUCGCGACCAGCCGCCCAUGGACUUUCGCGCCUACGCCCAGAGCCAGCCGCAGCCGCCGCAGCAGCAACAUGCCCAACAUCAACAACAUCACCAGCAGCACCAGUCCCCGCACCAGCAGCACGCCCAGCACCCACAACACCAUCAGGCUGCCCCCGUCCAGCCGUCCAUGUCCCAUGCCCCACAACCUCAAGUGACGCCGCAACAGCCAGCCCAGCAACAGCAACAGCAACAACAACAGCCUACCCCCGUUCCUGCUCCCGCCCAGCCAAGAGGCCGUAAGCGCAACGCUCCCGGCGCGCAACCUUCUCCCCAUCCCCAACACGCUCCUCAGAUCACCCACGCGCCGCCACACGCUCCUCAACACCAAGCGCAACAUGCUCCUCCACACCACGCGUCGCAACCUGGCCAGCCUCAGCAUGCGUCCGUCCCCCAGCCUCCUCAACAACAGCAGGCUCAGCAGCAACAGCCCCAGGUUCAGGCCCACCAAGCUGGCCAAACCGCUCCCCCCGCGCAGCAGACUCCGGUCCCUCCUCCAGCCGCUCAGCCCGUCCCCGUUCCUCAGGCCCAGGCUCCCGCUCCCGCUCCGGCUCAGGCUCAGCCUGCUGCUCCCGUCCCUGCCCCAGCCACCGAUGCGACCGCUCCGCCAGCCAAGAAAAGCCGCACCAAUACCCCUUGGACUCCGGCAGAGGAGCAUCGCUUGAAGCAGAUGCGUGAUGCGGGUAACAGUUGGGCCGAGAUUGCCAAGACCUUCCCUACCCGCACUGAAGGCUCCGUCAAGAAACACUGGUACAAGGAUAUGCACUAUGCCGAGUUUGCUGAGGAUGAGGUAGUUAGCGCCCACCUUCUUUUCACCCUUACCUACAGUGCCGCCCUCAUGAACGCCAUCAAGGAGUACGAGAACAACAAGUGGAAGGCCAUUGGCGCCAAGGUUGGCAAGCCGGCCAAGGCUUGCGAACAGUAUGCUAAGGAGCAUUUCCCUGAGCUCUUCGCGCCCCAGAAGGCUCGCUAG